CGUGUACAAUAGGUAUAGGAAUGUCCUAUCCACGUAUAUAUUAUCUAUGAUUACAUUACAUUACUCAAUGAAUUACGCACACGAACAAUAUCAUAUAAUUAUAAUCCUAUCAUAAUAAACGAUCCAUACAAUUUAUAGAUUUAUAGAUUAUCAAUAAAUCCCAUAUGCGAACUGUAUUGUGAUAGUUAAUUUUUAAACGCUAUGUGUGUACCACGUCUUCUAAUAUUUUAUAAUAUUAUACAAUUUAUAGUUCAUGAUAUCAAAUCCGUGGUUUCAACAAAAGUGCCACUUAUUUAUCGUACCAACUCGAUUUUAGUGAUAACAAUAACAAAUAUCAAUACAAGUUUAACAGUGAAACAUAUGUAAUUUCUAUGUAACAAAAUAUUAAUGUCUAUUAUUCGAUUCAUCUUUCUUGUUUUUUGUCAUAAGUCAUAAUAGUAUAUUGUCAUUUUAAUUUAAUGUAAUUUUUAUUCUGUGAUUUUUCUAAUUUAAAAUAUUUGUUUAGAUUUAUAAAUAAAUUGUUAUUAUUGUCAUAUUUUAAAAUGAAUAAUGUGAAAGUUCUAGAAUCACUAAACAAAUAUAUAUCAUUUUCAGUGAAACGUAAUGGUUUUGACAGAAUUUUUGAUAAGGUAUAUUAAUUUAUUUUAUUCAUGUUCAAACAGACAAUAAUAUGCAUAUUCAUAUUAUAUUACCUAUGAUAAUUGUAUUUUAAGUAUGAGAACGCAUAUUUGUGAUAUAAUCAUGUUUCACAAUAUUCCUAAACACGUAUACAGUACUUGCCUAUUUUAUUCAAUUCAAAAGGAUUAUUUAAUUAUUAUUUAGAAAUUGGGUUAUUUUCCUCUUUAGAUUAAUAUUCUAUAAUUUGUUUGGGGUUUUAUUCUAAGUUCAUUUACCAUUUGUUAUAGACAUGGCACCUUAAAAACUAGAAAAUAGUAUGAACAGUUUUCAUUUAAGGUGCCUUAUUAUUAAAUGUUUAUAAUCUUAAUCAUUUUAUUUACUUUUUUCUUUUUUUGAAAAAAAUAUACACAUACUUAUUAUAUAGGUACAUAUUUUGCAUUUAUAAUUACAUAGGUAUAAACUCUACCAGCCCUAGUCAGUGGUGCAUUUAAAGGGAGGCAACUGGGGCAAAUGCCCCGGGCGCCAAAUUCUAGGAGCGGAACAUUUUUUAUAGUUUACCACUACAUAUAAUAAUUGCAAUCUUUUUAUAUUGUCUGAUAUAAAUAUUAUACCAAAUACAUAUAAAUAUUAUUAAAUAAAUGUAGACCUUAACUCAUAACUGAUGAUUUAUAUAUAUUUAUAUAAUAUACAUGACCUGUGGCGUCAAUUUCAUUUUAACAGCUAAUACAAGUUAAAAAUAAUAUAAUAUCCAUAGUUAUUUUCCCGACCGCCAAACCACUUUAAUUUUAUUUUUGUCAAUCUACUAGUAACUCGUAUGUUUGAGUGUCUUGUGUAAUAAAUUGACUAUUCAUACAGCCAAUAGACACUUACUGUUAAUAUUUUAUUUACUCUUUAGUGUUUGGUUUUUGAUUCAUUCUACUUUCAAAAUAAGUAUUCAGUUUUCCAGUAUCCCUUCUAUAAACUACAAUUUUAGAUUUAACUGGUAUUUGGUAAGUACAAUGUUAUACAUUUAUCUAUGGUUCUAUACAGUGAUUAAGUAUUAUAAAUUACAUUUAUAUUACUAUAUUCUGUAAUAGAUUGUACAUGGAUUUUCAAUAUGGAAGCUAAAAAAAAGCUUAGUGGUUCAGAAUAUAGAAAGCGAGUAAAAAUUAAAACAUGUUGCAUUAAUUAAGAAUUCUAGAAAAUUAGAUGGUAUGUUUAAGUUGUUUUUAUUAAAUUACAAAUAACAACUCAAUGUUUCAAAUGUUCAAAUUUUUUUACAAUACAUCUUAUUUUAUAUUUAAUUAUUUAAAGUACCUAUCUAUUUAGAAAAAUGCCAAACUCGCUUUUUAUAUUAAUAUUAGACCAUUACAUUAUACCUAGCAUAGACUAUAGUCUCUUAUAACUAUUGAUAUUUAUAAUGAUCCAAUUUUUGUAUUUAAUUAACUAGUUGAAGUUAAUCAAUUAAUAAAAACUAGUAAACUUUUAAACUAUUUUUAAUUUUUGUUAUUAUAAUAAAUUUGGAUGAUAAUAUUAAAUUUAAUUUUGAUGAAUUAGAAAUAUUAAACCUACCUACACAAAUAUGAACCUGAAUUAUUCAAAUUUAAACAGUUCUGAACAGCACAAGCCUACAAAAAUUAGUGGAAAUAAACAAUUAUAAAUGUAACUAUUUUAUAUUUGCAAUUAAAUAAUUGUAUUUUAUUGUUUUAUAAAUAGUGUUUCUGAGAUAAAUUUUGACAUAUUGUCAUCUAAGAAUAAUGAAACUGCUAAUUUUUCGUUUGAGCUUAAUGAUUAUCCUGGGUAAAUUAUUUUAUGUUAAUAUUUGAAUAGUUACUUGUAAAAUACCUAAAUUAUUUUAAUCAUUUUAAUAUAAAUAAUAACACAAAUACUUUUUUAAAUAUUUAUGUGUACAAAAUUAGUAGGUUAAAUAGUUAUAAAGGAAUUAAGUGAUUAAAUAAAAAUUAUAAGAUUAUUAGUUAUGUUAUAGAAUAACCAUGUUCAGUGGUUGUAGCGUCUUCAUAAUGAUUUUACAUACCAGUCACUUAAUUUUAGUAUUUAUAGAGUAAAAUAUAAUAAUUGUUAUUUUUUAUAGAUGUGAUCUUGCUUUAUAGAAAAGAAACAAGUUCACUAUAAAAUAUAUUUGUAUAAACAGAUUUUCUCAAGAUUUAAAUGAUUUAAAUUUUACCUAGUCUAAAGGAGCCUAAACAAAACUUUACAAAGAAACUAAUAAAACUUACUAUAAAUGCAAAUUUAAGUUUUAGUAACUAAUGAUUUUAUAAUUUAAAUAAAUCAACUUUAUUUUAUAUAUAAUGUUAAGGUUUUACAAUAAAAACUAUUAGAUUACAAGACUAACUAAUGGUGAUUCAAUUAAACGUAAUUUCAUUGUGUAUUCAGAAAGUAAGGGUGUAAUUUACUGUAUCCUAUACUUAUUUGACAACAUUUCAAUUCACCUUCAUUUGCUUCAAAAGGAUUUUCAAACUUAAAAAAGUUGAUGAGCUCAUAUCACAGCAUGAAAAUUCUUUAAAACAUUAUUCAAAUAUUCUAGCAAUAAAAAACGGAAAACAAACACUUUCAAGAAUUGAUCAACAAAUAAUACAAUAAAUUGAAAAUUAAUAUAUGUACUAGAUCAAUGUUUUAAAAAGAAUAGUGACAAUUGUUAAAACAUUGACAUCAAGAGGUUUAGCAUUCAGAAGGUAUACUUCAAAAAAUGGAUGUCAAAAGAAAUUUUAUGAUGACACUUGAGUUAUUAGCUGAAUUUGACCCUUUUAUCUCAAACCAUAUUUCCAAAAACGGUAAUCUCGGUAAAGGUCAUACUUCAUAUUUAUCAUAUUAUAUUUAUGAGCAGUUUAUUUUAUUAAUGUCUAAAAAAGUAUAAAAUACUAUUAUUCAAGAUGACAAUACUUCACAAUAUUUUUCAUUAAGUUCAAAGAAUCAGCACCAGAUAUUACCCACACUGAUCAACUUUAGUUGUACAAUAUAUUGAUGAGAAUGGUAAUGUAUUUGAAUGUUUUAUGUUUUAUAAAUAAUGUUGAACAUCAAUCAGAAAAUAUGGCUGAAGUAGUGAUAAAAAAUUCUGAAUAAAACAAAUUUGAAUCUUAACUAUUUAAGGGGACAGUCAUAUGAUAAUGUGAGAUACAUAUGCAAUUGUAUGGAUAAAGACUAUGAAAAUUAAAAAAAAAAAAAAUGCUAUUGAAAAAUGUGGUAUUAUGAACUUCAGAAAUAUUGAAAAACGACAAAAAAAAAAUUAUUUUAUUUAGUGAUGGCAAUUCAACAGAAAGUAUUGUCUCUAAUUUUAAAGUAAAUACAUAUUUUGUAAUUAUCGAUCAAUUGAAGUCAGAAUUGUUUAAAAAAAAAAAAUGCAUAUGCCUUUUAAAAAAUUAUUACUUUUUUUAAACUAACUAAAAUGACAGCAUAAGGCUAUCUGCUUAGCUUUUAAGAAAUUAAUACAAUACAAAUUUGGGAACUUCAUUUUCCAAUGAAUGUAUUUAUUUUGACAGUUAAAAACCAUUUCCAAUCCUCCUCAAAUUAUACUAGAUAUGUUAGUGUUUAUAAGAAAAACGAUUUGAAGGAUAUCUUCCCGUGUAUAGAUAUUGCUUUAAGAAUAUUAUUAUGCACUUCAGUUAGUAACUGUUCAACUGAGAGAUUAUUUUUAGAUCUAAAACUUAUAAAAUCAUACUCAAGAUCAAACAUAGGCAAAGAAAGACUAUCUGCCAUUAGCAGUUAUGAACAUAGAAGCUGAUGUCACUACAACAAUAAGCUAUGAUGAUAUUAUUCAAGAAUUUGCUCAAGACUGUGCAUGACUAAAAAUAUAAAUACAUUUUUCAAAUAUUGUUUGUUGAAGUAUAUUAAUAAUUAUUUUAAAUAUAUUUAUAUUUAUUAUCUACAAAAAAUAUUAAAUGUAUAUUUCUUGGUCGGGAGGGAGGUUGGAAAAUUUUACCCUAAGGCGCUUAAUGUCUAAAUGCGCCAUUAGCCCUAGUUAUAACCAGGCCUGGAUUAAAACAAAAUAUUACUCAAGGCAAGAAUUUUAAGGGGCUUCUGCUCCCACCACAUUAUAUAUUUACAUAUAGUAUAUGUGAAUAAUGUGUUAGUAUAUGUUAUAUAUUUACAUAUAGUAUAUGUGAAUAAUGUGUUAGUAUAUAACAUAUACAACAGUAUACUAACACAUUAUUCACACGAAUCAUUUAUUAUCUAUGUAUAUCUUUUACUUAUAUUUAUUUGGAGCCAUUCACAUAUUGAUAAUACAAUUUAUUAAAUGUGAGGUUAUAGUUAUAUUUAGUUCAAAAACUCUAGCAAUUUUUUUUCCCUUACGUAAUAUCAAAAUUAUUUAUAAGAUGUAGAAAUUAAAAUUUAAAAGCACUUGUUUUUUUUUUUUUUUUGGCAUGUCAUUAAAUCCAGAUUGCUGUGAAAAUGUGUAUCAUGUUAAACUGAGUUUAAUAUGAAGUAUGAAAGUAUGUUUUUUUAUUCUUAUUUUAAUUUUAUUCCCAUUAUGAUUUCUAAAUAAUUUCAAAUUUUGUAUUCUAUUAUGUAACUUAUUUUCUGUGGUUGUGUUUUCUUUUUUACUUGUUGUGUUUCUGAGCAUGGUGCAUUACAAAUCCGUAAGUGUAGUUUUAAAAAGAUAAAAGAGUUUUAAUAUAAAAAUUGAAUGUAAUUCUUUGAUUAUUUUUUUAUUUUAAAUUGUUUUUUUUAAAUAUUUGUUAAGUAUUUUUUUUCAAUGCUUCAAUAAAGUUUCUAUAUUAAUUUUUUUAGUUGCUUUUUUGUUGUUUUUAAGAACUUUGAAUUUAUUUAUAUGGUCCUUUUCCAUUGUAGAUAUCAUAUACUAAUUUUACAUGCAUAAUUAAAGAAAUUAAAAUGGUUUAAUCAAGUAUCAUAUAAAGGCUUUAAAUUUCAAUUGAAUAUGUGGUUUAACGAAAUUAAAUCUUUUAUAAAUAAAAUAGGUUGUAUAUUUGUACAUGUAAAUGGUAAAAUCAUUUUUAUUUUGAUAAGUUAUAACAUUAAUCAUAAUACAUAUUCAGAUUUCAUUUUUAUAAAUUAUUACUUGCCACUUUAAUAUUACUUACAUGUAUAUAAGUCAGACAAUUUAGGUCGAUUCAUAAUAAAAUCAGUUUAAAUUAAGAACAGUUCAACUUGUAUCAUGUAAAUGUAGUAAAAUAGUUCUUAGUCCAUUUUAACAUGGAAAAUAAAAAUUCAUCAGUAAAAUUUGCUAUUAUAUACAUUUUAAAUAUUAUUUCCAAGUUAGGAAAAAUGUCUUCUAAACCUUUGCUCUUGAUAUUCUGUAACAUAAUUCUCAUAUGAGAUUGUGUGCUUGAGAUUUAUCAUUGUUUUCCAGUUUAUCUGCUAAAAUGUUUAAUUUAAUUUGUUCCAAACAUAAGAUAAAUUAUAUAGAUUAUUAUAUACAAUUUUUGAUUCAAUAAAAAAUUUUCAAUAAUUGUAUUAAUUUUUUAGCUUGGUUUAUGAUUUAAAGUAAUUAUUUAUUUGUUUUAGGUAAAUAUAAUUUCUGCUGGUAAUGGUCAAUGUAUAGCUGAACUGAUUGUUGAUAAACAACACACAAAUGGAUAUGGCACACUACACGGAGGUUUUACUGCUUCAGCUAUUGAUCUUUUUUCUGGUUUGGCUUUAUUGACACAUCCAUCAAUUGUUAAAGAUAUUGAUGCAUUAAACAGUGGGGUUUCUGUUAACAUUAAUGUCUCGUAUGUAUAUUAAACAAAUUAAAAUAGAUUGUUUGAUGUAUAUAUAUAUAUUUUUUUUUUUUCAAAUAAAUUACCAUUAGAAAUAUUUUUUAAAUGUAAAUGUUUAUUCAAUAACUGUAUCUUUUAGGUGGCUUGAGUUUAACAUGACCAAUUUUAUUUUUUACAGUAAUUAAUUAAUUAAAAAUACUUGCCAAUCUUACUCCAAUUACCUAUGUCAUUUUUGACUUUGUAUAUUUAUAAAUUGAUAUAAAGUUUAAGUGUUAAAAUACUUAUACAUUUUUAUUUUUAGGUAUUUAGCUGCAGCAAAAAUUGGAGAUGAAGUAGUUAUUAAUGCUGAAACUUUAAAACUUGGAAGGACUUUGGCAUAUUUGAAGGUGUCAUUAAUCAAAAAAGAAAAUAAUGUAAUAUUGGCACAUGGAACACAUACAAAGUUUAUUGCACAUUAAGAAAUAUUUUAUUAAGUUUAAGUAUAUCUUAUAGUUAGUUAAUAAAUAUAUAUUAAUAUUAUUUG